UAGACUUCAGUGACCACUAUUGCUACUCUGCUAGACUGUGUGCAUAACCUUCUGUUGUGCUUUUCUUCCUUCAACCGUUUCCAAUCCAAACCAACGUGAAACUUGAAAACUGAACUCAAUUCUCAUCUUCCCCUAAAACACUAAACCCUAAAUCCCAAAUUCUUCACCAUCAACCCUAAAUCCUAGAAGUGUUGCAAUGGCCAUGCUGCCACUCACAAACCCCACUCCAAUUCGCCACAACGCACUGCCUUCCUCCUCUUUCGUUCAAAGAAACUGCGUUUCCCUGAACCCUAGAAGCAGAAGGUGCGCCUUCGAACCCCAGCGACGUCGUUUCGCGUCCGUGACAUGCUGCUCCUUCUCGACAGUCGACAGCGCUAAGAUUAAGGUUGUCGGUGUUGGCGGCGGCGGCAACAAUGCUGUUAACCGCAUGAUCGGUUGCGGAUUGCACGGUGUAGAAUUUUAUGCUAUAAAUACUGAUGCUCAAGCACUGUUGCAUUCUGCUGCUGAGAACCCUAUCAAAAUUGGAGAGCUUCUGACUCGUGGAUUAGGUACUGGUGGGAAUCCACUUUUGGGGGAACAAGCUGCUGAGGAAUCAAAAGAAGCUAUUGCCAAUGCUCUUCAAGGAUCAGAUUUAGUGUUUGUAACUGCUGGCAUGGGUGGGGGAACUGGGUCUGGUGCUGCCCCAGUAGUGGCCCGAAUAGCUAAAGAGGCAGGUUACUUGACAGUAGGUGUUGUUACCUAUCCCUUCAGUUUUGAAGGACGCAAAAGAUCACUGCAGGCACUGGAAGCCAUUGAAAAGUUGCAGAAAAAUGUGGAUACACUUAUAGUGAUUCCAAAUGACCGCCUGCUUGACAUGGCUGAUGAGCAGACACCUCUUCAGGAUGCUUUCCGUCUAGCAGAUGAUGUUCUACGACAAGGAGUACAGGGAAUAUCAGACAUCAUAACAAUACCUGGGCUUGUAAAUGUGGAUUUUGCUGAUGUAAAAGCUGUGAUGAAAGACUCUGGAACUGCAAUGCUUGGUGUGGGUGUUUCCUCCAGUAAAAACCGGGCAGAAGAAGCUGCAGAACAGGCUACUUUGGCUCCUUUAAUUGGCUCUUCUAUUCAGUCAGCUACUGGAGUAGUGUAUAACAUUACUGGGGGGAGAGACAUAACUCUGCAAGAAGUGAACAGAGUGUCUCAGGUGGUGACAAGUUUAGCCGACCCUUCUGCCAAUAUUAUAUUUGGUGCCGUUGUUGAUGAUCGCUACAAUGGGGAGAUUCAUGUCACUAUCAUUGCAACUGGCUUCUCACAGUCCUUCCAGAAGACACUACUAACAGAUCCAAGGGCAGCUAAGUUGCUUGACAGAGAGCUUGGGGGUCAAGAAAGCAAGGCAGUGUCUCCUCCUCCCAAGUCCUCAAACUAUCCAUCAACGGUUGCAUCUAGAGCAUCCCCACGAAAGUUCUUCUUUUAGUUGCUUUGUUCUUUUACCCUUCUUGGUUGUAGUUAAUCAGCUGUGAAUGUGAUCUUGAAGCUUAGUUGAGAUAUCAUUGUGGUGACGGUCUCUUCUUUCGAUUGUGGAUCUUGUUUUUACAAAUUCUUCUUCCAAGAGUUGGCUAUUUGCAUGACUGUGAGUCAGAUUGUUAGUGUAACAAACAGCUUGCUUGUAGAUCAGUAAACAACAUUUUUGUCGAAGGAAUGGAUAUAUAGAAGUUACUUUAUGCUUGUUCUA